CUUCCGCACGCUGGUCACGCGGUCCGCUGUUGACACUUCCGGGUGAGACCGAGUGAGGCGGCGGGGUAGGGGCUGGCGCUCAGGCGGCGACCAUGGCGUAUCAUGGCCUCACGGUGCCUCUCAUUGUGAUGAGCGUGUUCUGGGGCUUCGUCGGCUUCUUGGUGCCUUGGUUCAUCCCUAAAGGUCCUAACCGGGGAGUUAUCAUUACCAUGUUGGUGACCUGUUCAGUUUGCUGCUAUCUCUUUUGGCUAAUUGCAAUUCUGGCCCAACUCAACCCUCUCUUUGGACCACAGUUGAAAAACGAAACCAUCUGGUAUCUGAAGCAUCAUUGGCCUUGAGGAGGAAGGUCUCAAGAAGAAAAUGCCAUCUAGAUGCAAAAUCACCUCCAAACCAGACCACUUUUCUUGACUUGCCUACUUUGGGCAUCAGCUGCCUUAAACAUUAACACCACAUUUGAAUGCCUUAUUCUACAAUCCAGUGUGUUUUCCUUCACCUUUUUUACACUUUGGUGAAUUAUGUGCCUACUUAACUUGAACUGUGUCGACUCCACAAAAUGAUUAUGCACUUUUCUGAGACAAAAGAUGCUGUUCUUCUGAGAGAUCCGUUACUCUCUCCUUGGAAUCUGUGGAUUUGAAGAUGGCUCCUGCCUGCUCAUAUGGGAAUCAGUGAAGUGUUUAGAAACUGCUGCAAGACAAACAAGCCUCCAGUGGGGUGGUCAGUAGGAGAAGCACGUUCAGAGGGAAGAGCCAUCUCGACAGAAUCACAUCAGACUCUGUUUUCAGGAUGGAUUUCUUAUUUCUGCCAUCUUUUGGAAUAAAUAUUUUUUCCCUUUCUAUGGAAAUCUGAGUUCAGUGUUUGUAAAGUUCAUUUUUAUAAACUUUUCUAUUGCUACAUAAUGCCUUUUAAAAAAUAAUUUUGUAGUCUAAACGUAGGUUGGAUAUAUAAACCCUACCAUGUAGUUUGAGAUGCCUGAAAAGACUGGUAAGUGCUUUUUUUAAGCAUUCAGUAACCAUUUAAGUGCCUACUGUAGCCAAGGCACUGGAGAGAUGAAAGAUGUGUACGUUGGAGUCCCUGCAAGUUCACAAGCUAUUUGGAGAGAUAUGAUUAGUUUACAUAGAGCUGUAUAUAAGGCUGUGUUUGAACUUUGUCCUUGAAAGUGGUAACAUGGUGAGCAGGUCAAGGAUAUCUGCUAACCAUAGAACAAGGCAGCAAAUGUUGCUGAGAUGGAACCAUCACAGCCUCAGACACAGGACUGAAGAAGUCAAGA